AUGGCCGUCGCAGCCAAUUGCACACAGUGCGCCGAUGAUCCGUCUUCCUCCUCCGGUCAACACCAGCAGCUACCGAGCGUCCCCACCAUUCUCGGUGUCCUCGGCGCCGUCGCCGCCGUCGCAUUCGCUGUGGUAGUUGCCGUGCCGCUCGUUCGCCGCAGGGUCGCACGACGCGCGCGCGCGGCCGCCUCCUGGUCCGCGAAGGCGCGCGAAGAGCGAGACCGAAGGAGCGUCGCUGCCUCUUCGGCCGGCCACAAGGGCGACCCGUCUCCUCACGACCACUCAUACGGCUUCUUCGCGUUCGCCGACGACAACGACGAAGACGGAGAGAGCGACGACGAGGACAACGGCGACGCGAUCUACGGCGACGCACACACCGACCGCGCGACGUACCAUCAUCCCCAUGUCCCAUCCGACUCCACCGGGACUGGCCAGUGCUGCCAGUGCUACCACUACCAAUGCCAGUGCACGCGCGUCCCGCCGCGCUUCACUACCUAUAACCCCCAUCUCCCCAGAGGAUGCGGCGUACAUGAACAACCCAACGCUCCCCCACCCGUACGCCGCGCGCCGUCUCACCUCUGUCCCCUCCGACCACCCAUACGCCCCCGCUCCUCGCGGCCCCCGCGCCCCGCGGCCCCUACCCGAGCCCCCCACCCCCACAUCUCCCCCACACUCGAACGCGCCGCCAAUGUCCGCCCCGCUCGUUCCGUCCGCGCCGUACUACUCGCCGCUGAGCCCGGGGUAUCGUCGUCCGCGGCGUCGAUGGCCAACUUCCGCAUGGCGCCGCUGUACGAAGACGGGGACGGGGGGGACCUCGCGGAGACGCGCUCGCUGCAGCUGCCAUCGCCACCCGCAUCGCCCGACCGCGGGUACGGCCCACAAGCGCGACGCCCAAGCCUGACCGGGCGCCCGACCUCGACCUCGACCUCGUCCGGGCGGCCGCGCGCAGGGACGGGCCCGAGCACGCCGCUGCCGCUCACCGCAGCGUUCAACACGAGCGUGCUCAAGGCUGGCGGCGGCGAGGGCGCGCGCCUGGGGCGCAGCGCGAGCGUGAGCGGCAGCAACCGGUUCCCGGCGAUCGCGCCGCGCUCGCGGCCCAGCUCAGCGACGGUGCGGCCCCACGCGCACGCCGGGGAGGACGCGGAGGGGGAGAAAGAGAUGGCGCGCCCAACGGAGGCGUUCCGGCGGAUGAGCACGACGGACAUCCGACAACGGCACCCGUACGCGCGCGAGCUCGAGCUCACCCAGCCCGCGGCGGGCACGAGCGCGAGCGCGGGCAGGCGGCACCGCGACGCGGCGGUGUACUCGCCCCCCGCGCCGCGCUCGCCGUCGCCGUUGGCGGGGCACGGGCAGCGCCCGCACCCGCACCCACACCCACACCCCCCGAGCGCGUUCCCGUACGGAAGCGGGGCGAGGCAGCCGUCUGGACUGGCCUCACCGACACCGACACCGACGACGACGCCCACGCUCAACGCGAUCACGAACCCGAUACAGGCCCCGGCCCCUAGACUUUCGGUGCAGACGGCGACGGCGACGCGGCAUGCCGGGGUAUCGUGGAAGAGCCUCGCGAGCGGGUCGAAGCUGUCGAUGGGCAGCCAGGGGACGUUCGGGGGUGGCAGUUCGAGUGGGAGCCGGAGUAGGAGUGGGAGCAUGCAGAGUGUGAACACUGGGAACCUGAGGCUGCCGCCGGUAGAUGCGGGCAGCUCGCUGAGCCUGGGACUAGACGAGGAGGAUAGGAGGAGAAAGCGAGGUGCUUGA